CUGUGUCCAGCCACAGCUAUGUUGCUGUUAUCUCAUGCUAUUUAUAGGAAACAUGUGGCUUCUCUGAAUCAGUGACACUUUGGAUCAGCUAGCUACUCUUGGAGGCAGUAGUCUCGUAGCUCACUACACUAGCGUUUGCUGAAAAGUGCAGUAGUUUUGACCAGUUCUGAGACCCCAGUAUUGUCACCCUGUUUUGUUUGGUGGCAGGCUGUCUGGUUUUGGGUUGUGGAUCAUAAGGACACUCUUGGUUGCAUAUCUGCUGUGGAGACGGCCUGAAAGACACCUGAAGGACAUCUGUGAGUUUACACCACACCAUGGUGCUCUGUUUAAACCUCUCCACACUGCUUGUAAAACCUGGGGAAGGGAAGCUUGUAGGCAGAUCAGAGGUUUAUGGUUGUUAGGCUUUUUACUGAAAUGGAAGUACUAGAGUAAGGCUUUGAACGUUUGACUGAGGCUUGGUUAUAAAUUGGUCAGCCUGUUAUUGUGCCACUUCCACCACACUGUCUCUAAACUCUAUCAAAUAGCCUACUUGACAGGAAAGCGUGGACCCUGACUUGAGAAUACUUUUUUCCUCUUUGUGUUGUGUAUGUUUCUAGCAGCAGGUAAUGUGUCGGUGUGUAACAGUCUGAGAAUAAAUGCAUGGGACAAUAAUAGACAGAAGAAGUAGGUGAGAAGUCAUGUUGGUCCUUUAGGGUUACAUGUUACGUCAAUGGCCCACAUUCCUCCUGCCUGCCAGGCAUGAUCCAGUGCUGACACUGCAUGGGGACCAUCACCUCCAUAUUCUGAACCCAGGGCUGUUGGCGUUAUCAUGACACACUAUCUAUCUAGAUAACUGCUUUAUCUAGCUAACUGAUGUGGAUUUAAUCACUUGUUUGACUGGAUAGUUGGCAACAGAGGUCAGCAAAGAUUUUAGUAAAUGAAAGUAUUCAGACCCCUUGACUUUUUCCACAUUUUGUUACGUUACAGCCUUAUUCUAAAAUGGAUUCAAUUGUUUUUUCCCCCUCAUCAAUCUACACACAAUACGUCUGGCCACUCUACCAUUAAGGCCUGAUUGGUGGAGUGCUGCAGAGAUGGUUGUCCUUCUGGAUGGUUCUCCCAUCUCCACAGAGGAACUCUGGAGCUCUGUCAGAGUGGCCAUCGGGUUCUUGGUCACCUCCCUGACCAAGGCCCUUCUCCCCCGAUUGCUCAGUUUGGCCGGGCAGCCAGCUCUAGGAAGAGUCUUGAUGGUUCCAAAUGUCUUCCAUUUAAGAAUGAUGGAGGGCACUGUGUUCUUGGGGACCUUCAAUGCUGCAGAAUUUUUUUGGUAUAUUUCCCCAGAUCUGUGCCUCGACACAAUCCUGUCUCGGAGCUCUACGGACAAUUCCUUCGACCUCAUGGCUUGGUUUUUGUUCUGACAUGCAAGGUCAACUGUAUAUAGACAGGUGUGUGCCUUUCCAAAUCAUGUCCAAUCAAUUGAAUUGACCACAGGUGGACUCCAAUCAAGUUGUAGAAACAUCUCAAGAAUGAUCAAUGGAAACAGGAGGCACCUGAGCUCAAUUUCGAGUCUCAUAGCAAAGGGUCUGAAUACUUAUGUAAAUAAGGUAUUUUUUAAAUUAAUGUUUUGUAAAACAUUUGCAAAAAUGUAUAAAAACCUGUUUUAUGGGGAAUUGUGUGUAGAUUGAUUAGGAAAACAAUUAAUUUAACACAUUUUAGAAUAAGGCUAUAACAUAACAACAUUUGGAAAAAGUCAAGGGGUCUGAAUACUCUCCGAAUGCACUGUAUGUAUGUGAGAAGUUAUUUAAAUUAGUUUUCGGCACAAAAAAAAGACAUCACUAGGAAUUCAGCUAAAAGUGAGUUUAAUUUAGGAAGUCUGUUCGAAGAGACGUAGUCGUGUUUCAAUGUAAUUCAAGUUAUGAAAUUAUAUUUUUAAGCCUAGUUGUGGUUAAUUGGAAGUGUACAAAUUAUUAUAAUUAUUUUCCGGCACCCCGACCAUUCAAUCAUCUUCUUUGACCAUUAAGGCUUUGAACAGGGGUAGGGGUUGCAUCGAUAUCAAUGAGUGUUCUGAGUUUAAACGCCUCAUUCACCAAUUAAAUUGUCUCUUAACCCCCCAGAGUCGAUGGCCCUGCAAAAUUAUAAUUAGCAUAAUAAAAAAUCCCCAUCAAAAUCCGUCAGUUAAAGCUAGAGAUAUCUGUUAUUUUGCAUUGGAUGUGUCUCAAUCGACCACGUACGCUGAUGUCGUCAAUCCACAUCUGCGGUGAAAGGUGGCAGAGCUACAGCAUUGUUUGUCAGACCAUGAGACAUCCCGUAAAUCGGCCUCAUGAAAACGUUUGUAGCGCCUGAACGGUUUGGCCUACUAAAUGACACCUCUAUGGCAAUAUGAGACUCUCACGAACACUAUGGUGUUCCCCAUUUUGCUUUGAGUUAAGGGACUCGUCUGAAGUCAGUUCACAAACUUCCUUUAGAUUUUUUUGUGGACUAUAUGUUGUUCCAUGCAGUAAGGCCAAAUUCAAUGUUUCAUCAAAUAUUUUUGAUACCUUAAGGGGUCUUAAAGCAAUUCCAUCUUAAAACAAUUCUCAAAACAAUUCCAUAUGUUAGUUUAGUAUCCCCCCCCCUGCAGUUUAGACUAGAGGGUUAAUCUACCUUAGUCAAUUUGUAAGUCGCUCUGGAUAAGAGCAUCUGCUAAAUGACUUAAAUGUAAAUGUAAUGUCAAGGACCAAGACACUGGUAUGUAGGCUAAAGGCAACUAUCUGGUCCAAAGUUCAAUAGAGCCACAACACUACACCCACUAUAAAGGACCCUCAGCUCUGUGUGUUUUCAUGACAACACUGAGAGGUGUUCCUGUCCCUACCUCUUAUUAAAGAAAGAAAGAAGGUAAUUGAGAGCAUAGUAGUCAAUCCAUUGUUCUACAGACUAGUAGUUUCACACAGAGGAUAAGACUAGCUAUUAGUGAAUGAAUGCUGAAAUCAUGCCAUGGGAAAUUCAAACCUGAGAUUAAACAAAGCGAAAGUAUGAUCUUUCAAAUAUAGAGUAACAUAUGGACUGUUACUUUCACAACCAGUGUUCUCUGCUUAGUGCUUGCUAAGCUAGUAGCUAUCUAACAUAGAAAAUGACCUUUUCAGGAUACGGAUUAUGAUUCGAUUUAUAAAUAAUUUGAUUUCCCACCAGGAGGAAAUUUGUUUGAUGGUUAUGGACAUAGGACAUAAUACGUGACUGUAUGUUCAUUUAACGAACCUCUUCUUUCCCACAGACAGAGACGCUAGCUAAGGCCCAACCAUGCAAGCCCAGCAGCUCCUGAAUCAGCUGCGCAUCCCCGAGCUGGAUGAGGUACGGCAAUACCUGCGUAGCCUGUCCACACACACGUUGGUGGGAGUAGGGGCGUUCGCUGCCCUCACAACCUACUGGUACACCACCCGGCCCAAGGCCCUGAAGCCACCAUGCGACCUGAGAAUGCAGUCCGUCGAGGUUCCGGUAAGGAGAGUCAUGACCGACCUGCUACUGUAAAGGACAUGGCAUGAUUUCUGUAUGACUUGGCAAUGCCUGAAGGUAUUGUUUAUGUGUAAAGAGGUACACAUUCUUUCUGGUUACUUUCAUUCCUGCAUCAAGCUGCCUCUUCAAGUAAACACCUCACUUCAUGAGUCAUAUUAACGGCUGUAUACCCCAGCUAACGAUAUAGGCUACUAUCCUGAGUGCAGGGCUGUGGUAUACUCACACAGUGGAGGUGCAUGAGGCUGUUUGAGUAGUGGCCGGCCUGGUCUCUAGUGCCCUUGGUUUCACAGUUGUGGCCUGAGAGUGGCAUUAUUUUAUGGUUGGAGCGUAACCACCACACUUGGCCUGGAAAAGGCGUUGGCCAGCAUAGUUAGAUGCGUGUGUGGCUAUACUUGAGUGAGUAAAUACGAUGCUUCACACAAGCAGAAAUGACUCUGAAAAUAACAGGAUGGAUGAGCACAAUGAACAACCCUGUUGAAAGUCUUCUCCACAGCAAGCUAGUCAUUCCUCCAUUAGCACACAGAGGAGUUCGUCAGUUUGAAAUCUGUGUUAUUUUACAGGCCUUGGAUGACCUUGGUGUUUGUGCAGAUGUCUAUGGGUCAUACCUAUGGUAGUCAGACAGUGAGCUAGUCGCCUGUAUGAUGGAUGUUUAAUGUGGUACUGUGUUUCCUGUCAGGGAGGAGAGUAUGCCCGCCGGUCAGCGCUGAUGGACAGCGACAAACACAUGACCCACCUGUACGACGAUGCCAAGACCAUGUAUGAGUUCUUCCUCAGGGGCGCACGGGUCUCCAGUGAGUGUCUCUCUAAGCACCUUAUGUAGACUAUACUUGACAUACUAGGACAUUAAGGUGAUUUGAAAUGUUAAUUUUGUGUUUUCUCCACUAGAGAAUGGUCCCUGUCUUGGAGCAAGACAACCAAACCAGUCCUAUGAGUGGCUGUCAUACUCCGAGGUAGGAUGUCUUGACACCUUGCAAUGUAACACACUCCAGCACAACAACAUUCAUCUGUCACUUUCUCUUGUUAUAGUGUGAUGAAUAUAUUUCUGGUUAGGUGUUAUACCAAAUGUAGUUUUAGGCAGUAAAAUAUUGUUUGGUGCACUAUUCUAUCAUAAUUAGACAGUCUACAAGUCCCCAUGGUGUGUCUGAGUGGUCUGUUUAAACAGAAAGCCAGCCACACCCAUCCAAACCACAAGGGAUCCCCCCCAGUGAGGAACUGAUAGUCCUCUGUAACUCUCCCUAGUGUUCCCCCUCUCCUCUGAGACAGCAGGGUCAUAUUCACUAGACUCCAAACGGAUGAAAACAGACGGAAACGGAGAGGGACUCCCUGAACUUGUCCAAUAAGAAACCCUUCCUGCAAAAACAUUUUCCGCUGCAAAAUGUUUUGCUACAGUGUGCACUAAUGAAUACGUCCCAUGUGUUCUGCUGAGUCAUUCCUCCUGCAGUAUGUAUCACUAACUACCUAACGAGCUGUGUGCCCUCCACCCCCCUCCCCUAAAGAGCUGUGUGCCCUCCACCCCCCUCCCCUAACGAGCUGUGUGCCCUCCACCCCCCUCCCCUAAAGAGCUGUGUGCCCUCCACCCCCCCCUCCCCUAAAGAGCUGUGUGCCCUCCACCCCCUCCCCUAAAGAGCUGUGGGCCCUCCACUCCUCCUCCCCUAAAGAGCUGUGUGCCCUCCACCCCCCUCCCCUAAAGAGCUGUGUGCCCUCCACCCCCCCUCCCCUAAAGAGCUGUGUGCCCUCCACCCCCCUCCCAUAAAGAGCUGUGUGCCCUCCACCCCCCCUCCCCUAAAGAGCUGUGUGCCCUCCACCCCCCCUCCCCUAAAGAGCUGUGUGCCCUCCACCCCCCUCCCCUAAAGAGCUGUGUGCCCUCCACCCCCCCCCUCCCCUAAAGAGCUGUGUGCCCUCCACCCCCCCCCUCCCCUAAAGAGCUGUGUGCCCUCCACCCCCCUCCCCUAACGAGCUGUGUGCCCUCCACCCCCCCCUCCCCUAAAGAGCUGUGCCCUCCACACCCUCCCCCCAAAGAGCUGUGUGCCUCCACCCCCCCUCCCCUAAAGAGAUGUGUGCCCUCCACCCCCCCUCCCUAAAGACUGUGUGCCCUCCACCCCCCCUCCCCUAAAGAGACUGUGUCCCUCCACCCCCCUCCCCUAAGAGCUGUGUGCCCUCCACCCUCCUCCCCUAACGAGCUGUGUGCCCUCACCCCUUCCUAAAGAGCUGUGCCCUCCACCCCCUCCCCUAACGAGUGUGUGCACCUCCACCCCCCCCUAAAGAGCUGUGUGCCCUCCACCCCCCCCCCUCCCCUAAAGAGCUGUUGCCCUCCACCCCUCCUCCCCUAACGAGCUGUGUGCCCUCCAUCCCCUCUAAAGAGCUGUGUGCCCUCCACCCCUUCUCUAAAGAGCUGUGUGCCUCCACCCCCCUCCCUAACGACUUGUGCCCUCUCCCCCCCUCCCCUAAAGAGCUGUGUGCCCUCCACCCCCCUCCCCUAAAGACUGUGUGCCCUCCACCCCUCCUCCCCUAAAGAGCUGUGUGCCCUCCACCCCCCUCCCCUAAAGAGCUGUGUGCCCUCCACCCCCCCUCCCCUAACGAGCUGUGUGCCCUCCACCCCCCCUCCCCUAACGAGCUGUGUGCCCUCCACCCCUCCUCCCCUAACGAGCUGUGUGCCCUCCACCCCUCCUCCCCUAACGAGCUGUGUGCCCUCCACCCCUUCUCUAAAGAGCUGUGUGCCCUCCACCCCUUCUCUAAAGAGCUGUGUGCCCUCCACCCCUCCUCCCCUAACGAGCUGUGUGCCCUCCACCCCCCCCUCCCCUAACGAGCUGUGUGCCCUCCACCCCUCCUCCCCUAAAGAGCUGUGUGCCCUCCACCCCCCCUCCCCUAACGAGCUGUGUGCCCUCCACCCCCCCCUCCCCUAACGAGCUGUGUGCCCUCCACCCCCCUCCCCUAAAGAGCUGUGUGCCCUCCACCCCUCCUCCCCUAACGAGCUGUGUGCCCCCCCCCCCCUCCCCUCCCCUAACAUGCUGUGUGUCCUCCACCCCCAGGUAGCAGAGAAGGCAGAGAACCUGGGCUCUGCGCUGCUCCACAGGGGACACACUAAAACCAAAGACCAGUUCAUCGGCAUCUUUGCUCAGAACCGACCAGAGGUGAGCAAGACCACUUGAAGAGCAGUACAGUAAUAGCACACAGUCACAAACAUUGAAGUGCUGCAUACAAUGUUCAACUGGUUCAUUCUGAAUCUGCUACAUGUGGGGUAAAUACUACACAGGCAUAACUCUGUAGAAGCAGUACUGAUAGCGGUAGAUUGGUCAUGUGUGCUGUGCGUCUGCAGUGGGCCAUCGCUGAGCUGGCCUGCUAUACCUUCUCUCUGGUGGCUGUGCCCCUGUAUGACACUCUGGGUACUGAGGCCAUCACCUACGUCAUCGACAAAGGUGAGCAACAACCCAGAGAAGCUCUCAAAUAAGAAUACAUUUAAAUUGAUGUCAUAUUUUCAUCAGCUUUUAUAUGUCCAGCUUAUCUCAUUGAGAUACUUUCUUGUGGAUAUGGUGGUUGACCCUAUUGAUCUCUUUGUGUGUGUGUGUACGCAUGCGCACAGCCACCAUUUCCAGCAUACUGUGUGACGUCCCUGAGAAGGCCAGGCUAGUCCUGGCGUGUGUGUCUGGCAGGGAGCACAGUGUCAGAACCAUCAUCCUCAUGGAGCCUUUUGAUGAUGAGCUGGUGGCCAAGGGGAAGGACUGUGGCAUCGACAUCCUCAGCCUGAGCCAAGUGGAGGUGAGGGGAGAAACUCUGACUCAUAACUAGUCUGCUGGGGUUCAUUCUCUUGUCUGUUUUACCACUUCCUGAACUAAAUUUGCUUCAAAUUCUCUGAGAUUGUCUUUUUGUUUUUGUGUGCUAAACUGCAGACUUAAGGCAGGGCAGGCGCAGUCUAGAAUUGUGUUGUUUUGCGUCUGUCUUUACCACAAGUGAAGUCCUACAACCUGGUGUUGUCCCAUGAGAGUAGCUAGUGCUAGUACAUAUUCAAGUAACCUUCAUUCAUAUUGUCUUCUUCUAGGCUAUCGGCAAGGCCCACCACCACCAACCAGUUGUGAGUAAAGAUGCCUGUUCCUCCCUCCUGCCCCAUAUUGAUUGGAGUUUGAUUUAGCUUUCAUUCAUUCAGUUCUUUGACCUGUGACCCUUUGCUCUCUGCAGCCUCCCAGUCCUGAAGACAUGGCUAUCAUCUGCUUCACCAGUGGAACCACGGGUACGCCAUCUUAUGAUCCAAUGCCAAACUGAGCACUGUCCUAAGAUGGCCUCUGUCCCUCUUGUGUGGCUCUAUCUGAAGAGUGCUGUUUAAUGUGUCCACACUGUAGAAAGCCACAUGUAUGCAGGGCGGCAGGUAGCUUAGUGGUUAAGAGCGUUGUGCCAGUAACCGAAAGGUCGCUGGUUCUAAUCUCCGAGCCGACUAGGUGAAAAAUCUGUCGAUGUGCCCUUGAGCAAGGCACUUAACCCUAAUUGCUCCUGUAAGUCGCUCUGGAUAAGAGCGUCUGCUAAAUGAUUAAUUAUUAUUAUUAUUAUUAUUAUGCGGCUAGUCUCAUUUCUGUGUUGUCUUCCUCAGGGAACCCAAAGGGAGCCAUGCUAACACAUGGGAAUGUUGCUGCCAACUGCUCUGCCUUCAUCAAGGUCAUUGAGGUAAAGCAAUGGGACAGUGUUGUUUUACAACUAACACAUCUGUUGACAUAUAUUUUGAUUCUACUGUUGACGGUACUUGUGUGUGAGCAAAUAGAUUUGUGCCAAGCUUCAUAUGCAAAGUCUUCUCCUCAUACCCUUGGUAUUCAAAUAUUGCCUAUAGGCGUGAACCAUAAGAGCUAAUGAUUGUGAGGAAAGAUGGUAUCAAAUAUCAUGUUUACACCCAACCUAGUCAUGUUGACAGUAUAUACACUGUCUACCAUCUAAUAUGAUACCCACCUGCUCAUGAGGACUGUCUGUUGCUGUCUGUAAAAUUGUGCUGUGAAACCUUGUGCCAAACUUUACCGCUAAACUCUAUUUUUGCUGUAACUUAUUUCUGAACCUCUUUCUCUCCUCUCUGCUAAUGCCUGUGUGUCUGUUUCAGUGCUAACAUGCUAACCCUGUGUGUCUGUUUCAGUGCUAACAUGCUAACCCUGUGUGUCUCUGUGCUGCUCUGGCCUGCCUCUGUCCUGUCCUGUCCUCAUCUACUCUCCUCUGGUUCUGUGGGCUCCAGAACUGUUGCCUGCCCAACCACGAGGAUGUACUGCUCUCAUACCUGCCUCUGGCACACAUGUUUGAGCGGGUGGUGGAGGUAGGGGGUAACAUAAUCAAUAUCUCCCCUUGUCUUUUGUAUGUGUUGCGUUUGUCGUGCAUGUGUAUCCUUUAGGAACACCUCAAAUUAGACCACCAUGAUGUUCAUAUAUCCUACCUGCCACUUGCCCAUAUGUUCGAGAGGGUCGUGGAGGUAUGUAUCCAUGCAUUUAUAUCUUUGUGCUACUGUAAAUCCUCUGACCUUCAAAUUCUUCUCCUACAAUGUAAAUGCGUGGUGCUUUUUUUGCCAUAAAAUGCUCCCAAAUCUACAGACCUGUUUGGGUUUUACACAUAAUUUGUCCUCACCACCUCUGUGCUAUCCUGACCUCUCACCCCAGGGGGUCAUUCUGGUGCACGGGGGGCGGAUUGGUUUCUUCCAGGGAGACAUCCGCCUGCUGAUGGAUGACGUCGCCACCCUGAGGCCUACAGUGUUCCCUGUGGUGCCACGCCUCCUCAACAGGAUGUUCGACAAGGUGAGAAACACUGACUCUUCUAACUACGUUUCCUGUAAUGCCCUGCUGCCUGCUACAGCACUCGUGUUGACUACAGUUGUUGCUGUAUUUUGACCUCAUAAUGCCCUAUCUUCAGAUCUAUGGGCAGGCUAACACCUCUCUGAAGAGGUGGGUGCUGGACUUUGCUUAUAAGAGGAAGGAGGCCGAGUUGCUGAGUGGCAUCGUUAGGAGGGACAGCAUAUGGGACAAACUCAUCUUUAGGAAAGUGCAGGUACUGUAUCUCCUCCCUGACUGAGAAAACCACUGUGCUCCACAGAUCACUGAUUGGCACAUAGUUCAGCAAAAGUGAAACAUGUCGAAAACUUGUCCAGCCAUCAUAAUGAUCUCCUGAUUGUUGUCUCUCUCUGGUGCCCCCCGUAGGCCAGUCUGGGAGGAAGGGUGCGUCUGAUGAUGACGGGUGCUGCCCCCGUGUCUGCAACGGUGCUGACUUUCCUGCGAGCUGUGCUGGGCUGCCAAGUGAGUCUGUCUUAGGGUCUCCACUGGUGCAUUCUGGGAUAGGAUAGCGCCAGCGGAGGUUGUAGUCUGGUGGUAUACUGAUGCCCAGCUGUAGGAUCUCGAAUGUGUUCCCAGGCCAGUGGAUUAUAGGGGCUAUAUGUUUGUGUCGGACUAGUGCAAGGUCCAGGCUCUGGAAGUCACGGUGAUGGGUAAAUGGUUAACUUACCAUUCAAGACAAUUACAGUUUCUCAGGUAGAAAUUUGCCUGUCAGUUUGGUAUUGAUAUAAAUCCAGCUGUAUGUUAUCAAUAUGAGACUCCCAUGCAGUCUAGGACAGCCCCAGUCCUGCAUAAUGGAAACCGUGCCAAACAAGUCUAUAUUUCCCCUCAACAGCUGUAUGAGGGGUAUGGACAGACUGAAUGCACAGCUGGCUGCACAAUGACCGUACCAGGGGAUUGGACCGCAGGUAAUGAGCAAACUUCCACACCGUCACAUUAACCGUCACACACAUUAGUCAUCCCAUUUAUGAAGAGAGGUUGUAUACUAUACCCAGGCACCACCUCCCCCUGGGGGUCCUGUGAGGGAUGGCACCCUAUUCCAUAAGGCUCUGGUCAAAGUUAGUGCACUAUAUAGGGAAUAGGGUGCCAUUUGAGACACACACCUACUUGUGUUAUGGAGGCUAACUCUGUCUGGGCUGUUUCUGUGCUUCCCUCCCCAGGUCAUGUGGGAGCGCCCCUGCCAUGUAACUCUGUGAAGCUGGUGGAUGUGGCUGAGAUGAACUACCUGGCUGCCAAUGGAGAGGGAGAGGUGGGUGGGAGCCUGGCAUUGCCCUCAGUGCCCAGUGGCGUUGUUUAACAUGAAGCAAUUACUCUACUGAAGUCUGUCACAAAUGGCACCCUAUUCCCUGUAUAGUGCACUACUUUUAACCAGGGCCUUUGGUCAUAAGUAGUGCACUAUAAAGGGAAUAGGGUGUCAUUUGGGAUGCAUCCAGAAUGUUAUGUAAAGAUUGAUGUGUAUUUGCAGUGUUUACCUCAUCAACAUUGAAAUAGGUCAUGUCCCCUUUACACUCCAUGCACUCAGUCUAUACUGUGUGUGUGUCUGUCUUUCCAGGUGUGUGUGAAAGGAGCCAAUGUGUUUCUGGGCUACCUGAAGGACCCAGAGAAGACUGAGGAGACCAUUGACGCUAACGGCUGGGUCCACACAGGGGACAUUGGCAAGUGGUUACCGGUGAGUGUGUGUUUGUGUCUCACUCACUCACACACACUGGACAGUUUAUUAGGUACACCCAUCUAGUAACGGUCAGACCCCCCUUUGCCUCCAGAACAGCCUGAAUUCUUCGGGGCUUGGAUUCUACAAGUUGGAAAUGUUCCACAGGGAUGUUGGUCCAUGCUGACGCUAUGGCAUCAUGCAGUUUCUGCAGAUUGGACAGCGGUACACCACCGUCACCAGCCUGUACCAUUGACACCAGGCAGGAUGGGCCAUUGACUCAUGUUGCUUACGCGAAAUCCUGACUCUGUAAUCAGCAUGACACAACUGGAACCGGGAUUCGUCGGACCAGGCGAUGUGCUUCCACUCCUCAAUUAUCCAGUGUUGGUGAUCGCGUGCCCACUGGAGCCACUUCUUCUUGUUUUUAGCUGAUAGGACUGGAACCCGGUGUGGUCGUCUGCUGCAAUAGCCCAUCUGUGAAAAGGAUCGACGAGUUGUGCGUUCGGAGAUGCCGUUCUGCACACCACUGUUGUAAUGCGCCGUUAUUUGUCUGUUUGUGGCCCGCCUGUUAGCUUGCAUGAUUUUUGCCAUUCUCCUUCGACCUCUCUCAUCAACGAGCUGUUUUCGCCCACAGGGCUGCCGCUGACUGGCCGUUUCUGAGAUACUGGAUCUGGCACACCUGGCACCGACGAUCAUACCACGCUCAAAGUCGCUUAGGUCACUCGUUUUGCCCAUUCUAACGUUCAAACAGUAACUGGAUGCCUGUCUGCCUGCUUUAUAUAGCAAGCCACGGCCACGUGACUCACUGUAGGAGCGAUCCAUUUCCGUGAACUAAUAAACUGGCCAGUGAGUGUGUGUAUACAGCCUCUAUUUCCGCCUAGUCUUUCAUAACACUCUUAUUACCAUCUCUCAUCUGUGUGUACAGAACGGCACUUUGAAAAUUGUGGACAGGAAGAAGAACAUCUUCAAGCUGGCCCAGGGAGAGUACAUUGCACCGGAGAAGAUUGAGAAUAUCUACACCAGGAGUGACGCAGUGGCACAGGUCUUUGUGCACGGGGACAGCCUACAGGUAAGGAGGGAUUGAUACUGUGUCCAUAAGGAAAAGGGAUAUACUACUACGUCAUAUUCAUUGGAAAGUGAAUGGACUUAAACAGGGAGGUACUACCUGCACUUGUCCAAUAAGAAACACUUUUUGUUAUUUAGAUGCAAAACGUUUUGCUACGUUUAAUCCUAAUGAAUACGACCCUGGUAUCCACCUCAUUUUCGAAAGCUUUUAAAACACUGAAGCCAAACGCAGAACCUAUGAAUACAACUUUCUCCGCGCUCAAGCAUUGUCAUAAUUAAUAUGCGCGCCACUAGAAAUCCCUGCAUUAGUAUGUUUCUGUUAGCUGAUACAUCAUGACAAAAUACACCAUUUUUGUGUCCUGCUAAUGUGCCUGGACCUUGUAGGCUAAACUGACGAGAAAAAAACCCAUAACUGUAACAAAUAGUUGCCCAAUCAGGCAGGCUAGAUGCAGUUAUUUCAAAAUGAAUAUGCAUUUAAAAUGCCAGGCUUUUGAGUGGUUAUUCAAAUAACAUAGGCUAUUCACUACAGUUUACAGCCUAGACCACAGUUUUGCACUCACUUGAAAACAGUAAUAACAUUCUUCAUUACAUUGUGUUGUUGUAGUCUAGGUAGCAUACAUUUCUUGUCCCUAACAAACUGAAACCUUAAGGUAGCUUUUCAAGCUGAGUAUCCGGCACGCCGCAGCCUCUGGAGCGAACAUAGGUUAGGUAGCCUACACUAUGAUUUCAUUAUCCGAUAAACUAUUUUUUCUUUCGCUGUGUAAAUUGACUGGAUAUUCACUGCAGUAUUAAGCUUAACAUUGAGCUUAUGAAUGAUGGGCUAAUAUGCAUACGCUUCUAAUUUAGGCUAAUUUAGGCUAUAGGCUACAUCUGAAACCUGUCUGUCUUCGUUGUUCUGUACUGCAAUUCUCCCAGGAAAAGCCACACUACAAACCUGUCUGUCUUCGUUGUUCUGUACUGCAAUUCUCCCAGGAAAAGCCACACUACAAACCUGUCUGUCUUCGUUGUUCUGUACUGCAAUUCUCCCAGGAAAAGCCAGACUACAAACCUGUCUGUCUUCGUUGUUCUGUACUGCAAUUCUCCCAGGAAAAGCCACACUACAAACCUGUCUGUCUUCGUUGUUCUGUACUGCAAUUCUCCCAGGAAAAGCCACACUACAAACCUGUCUGUCUUCGUUGUUCUGUACUGCAAUUCUCCCAGGAAAAGCCACACUACAAACCUGUCUGUCUUCGUUGUUCUGUACUGCAAUUCUCCCAGGAAAAGCCACACUACAAACCUGUCUGUCUUCGUUGUUCUGUACUGCAAUUCUCCCAGGAAAAGCCACACUACAAACCUGUCUGUCUUCGUUGUUCUGUACUGCAAUUCUCCCAGGAAAAGCCACACUACAAACCUGUCUGUCUUCGUUGUUCUGUACUGCAAUUCUCCCAGGAAAAGCCAGACUACAAACCUGUCUGUCUUCGUUGUUCUGUACUGCAAUUCUCCCAGGAAAAGCCACACUACAAACCUGUCUGUCUUCGUUGUUCUGUACUGCAAUUCUCCCAGGAAAAGCCAGACUACAAAAGCUUGUUGGACACUUAUUUCCACUUAUUUUCUUUAGCCUACUAAUAGACUAUUGGAGGAGCGAUGCACGCUUGCUCUUGUUUGCUAAGUGUAAAAUAGGCUACAGCAUUAACGGGCGGGGAGUUGGAAAGGAGAAGACCAUAUUGUCCUAUAGGCCUACUGUCUUAACACUGGGCUACAUCCUGACAACAUACACCAUAUGAGUGUCCUGCUAAUGUACCUUUCUGACCUUCUAAACUGUAGAGAAUAGACCCAAACUGAUCCAAAUGGUUACAUGACCAGGUCUAGGCUGUUGGCUUAUGUUGUUAUUUUGACAUGAAACUAAAGAGGAGGUGUGAGAGGUCAUUCAAGUUAACCUACAUCACUGCCGUUUACAGCUUAUGGACAAUACUUGUGUAAUCACUUGAUAACAAUAAUACAUUCCUCAUUGCACUGUGUUGUUGUAGACCAGGUAGAAUAAUGUUAUUGUCUAAAAACGUAGGCCUAAUCAAUAGUGGAGCUUUGCGUGCCCAGGGACCACAGAGCGCAGCCUGGAGGAACGCACUACAGAUCUGCCAUGUCCUCAUCUGUUAACUUAUUUUUCUUGCACUUUGACUGGUAAAUAUUUAGCCUAUAGCCCUAAUAUUUAUCGAAUGAAUGGCCUAAUAUCUAGCUAAUAUUUAGCUUCUUACUUCGGCUAGACAUCACUAUCGCCUCUCUUCCAGCUGUUCCUGUGCGCAGCAGGCUAUAGGCUACGCAAGCCUCUCCUCUUCUCGUGAAAUCCAAGGAAAAGCUAUAGGCUACAAAAUCUAUAGGACAUUUGGUAAUUUUUUAAAUACUAAGCCUAAAAGUCUAUUCAGGGCAAGAAGCAGGCUUGCUCUUGCUAAUUGCUGAAUGUAAAACAGGCCUAAAGCAGCAUAGAAAAAUUCAUGUCGGGGAAAGUUGAGGAAAGAAAGUGCAGUGGUGUGAUCACUUUUGGCCAGUUAUAACAUUGUUGCACGGAUGCAUUGCAAAUAGUUGCACAGCAGGACAUACAGAGAUGAGCACAGUCAAAAAGGAGAACCAGAGAAAUUGACAACCAUUAGAAAAAUGGGAAUCACUUGCAAACCACUUGAGCAACGAGGCAAUGACAUGCUGUGAAAGAUGUGCAGGCUAAACAGCGUUUGUUAUUGAAGUUUGAGCGUUGUGCCAGUAACCGAAAGGUCGCUGGUUCUAAUCCCCGAGCCGACUAGGUGAAAAAUCUGUCGAUGUGCCCUUAAGCAAGGCACUUAACCCUAAUUGCUCCUGUAAGUCGCUCUGGAUAAGAGCGUCUGCUAAAUGACUAAAAUGUAAAUGUAAAUGUAAGUUACUAUAUUAUUUUUCAUUAAGCCUACAUACAGUGCAUUCGGAAAGUAUUCAGACCCCUUGACUUUUUCCACAUUUUGUUACCUUAGUCUUAUUUUAAAAUGGAUUAAAUUGUUUUUUCCCCCUUAUCUACACACAAUACCCCAUACAAAGCAAAAACAGUUUUUUAGAAAUAUAUUCAGACCCUUUACUCAGUACUUUGUUGAAGCACCUUUGGCAGCGAUUACAGCCUCGAAUCUUCUUGGAUAUGACGCUACAAGUUUGGCACACAUGUAUUUGGGGAGUUUCUCCCAUUCUUUGCUGCAGAUCCUCUCAAGCGCUGUCAGGUCGCUGCACAGCUAUUUUCUGGCCUUCCAGAGAUGUUCGAUCGGGUUCAAGUCUGGGCUCUGGCAGGGCCACAUUGAGACUUGUCCCGAAGCCACUCCUGCGUUGUCUUGGCUGUGUGCUUAUGGUUGUUGUCCUUUUGGAAGGUGAACCUUCGCCCCAGUCUGAGGUCCUGAGCGCUCUGGAGCAGGUUUUCAUCAAGGAUAGUUUUUUUUUUUACCCUUUAUUUAACUAGGCAAGUCAUUUAAGAACAAAUUCUUAUUUACAAUGACGGCCUGCACCGGCCAAACCCGGACAACGCUGGGCCAAUUGUGCGCCGCCCUAUGGGAUCUCGCGGCCCUUCUCCCCCAAUUGCUCAGAUUGGCUGGGCGGCCAGCUCUAGGAAGAGUCUUGGUGGUUCCAAACGUCUUCCAUUUUAAGAAUGAUGGAGGCCACUGUGUUCUUGGGGACCUUCAAUGCUGCAGACAUUUUUUGGUACCCUUCCCCAGAUCUGUGCCUCGACACAAUCCUGUCUCGGAGCUCUACGGACAAUUCCUUCUACCUCAUGGCUUGGUUUUUGCUCUGACAUGCACUGGCAACUGUGGGACCUUUAAUAGACAGGUGGCUGCCUUUCCAAAUCAUGUCCAAUCAAUUGAAUUUACCACAGGUGGACUCCAAGUUGUAGAAACAUAUCUCAAGGAUGAUCAAUGGAAACAGGAUGUCUCAUAGCAAAGGGUCUGAAUACUUAUGUAAAUAAAGUAUUUAUGUUUUAAAAGAGAAUGUAAAAAAAAAAAAAAAACUUUUCUCUUUGUCAUUAUGGGGCAUUGUGUGUAGAUUGAGGAAAACAAUUUAAUCAAUUUUAGAAUAAGGCUUUAACAUAACAAAAUGUGGAAAACGUCAAGGGGUCUGAAUACUUUCAGAAUGCACUGUACGUUAAAGUAUUAUUUGCAGUUGUCACUGACAAUGAACACACCCUGAAAGCACGAAUGGUCUGAACCAGUAUCUGUCGUUAGACCUCAUGAAUGGUCUGAACCAGUAUCUGUCGUUAGACCUCAUGAAUGGUCUGAACCAGUAUCUGUCGUUAGACCUCAUGAAUGGUCUGAACCAGUAUCUGUCGUUAGACCUCAUGAAUGGUCUGAACCAGUAUCUGUCGUUAGACCUCAUGAAUGGUCUGAACCAGUAUCUGUCGUUAGACCUCAUGAAUGGUCUGUGUAAACACCUUAUUAAUAGACAGUGUGCAGUAGGAUGCGUUGAUCAGUUGAUUGACAGGUGUAGGACUGUAAAACAAACUUUCCUCUAGUGUGGAUGCUCACCAACGUUUUAUAGUUAUGUAGCCUAUAGUUUAUCAUUAGUUAUUGUUACCGUUAUUGGCUUGGUGGAUGGCCCGGGCCUUAACUCUGACACAACCAACGUUAUUAUCACAACAGAACUAGCCUACUAGUAGGUCUAGCUAACGUUUAGCGAACUUGAAUUAAGUAAAUAUAAAAUUACACUUAUACACUUGUUUACUUUUAUACUCUAUAAAUUGACUCUUUCAAAUAAUUUACUCUGGCAAGUUUGCCACUGGCGCACUGCAGUAGGGAAGUAAAGCAGAAGUCGAAUCCAUCACUUCCGUUGUUUGGCGGUGCCCAUAGCAACGUUGGAGAAUGAGGUGGAGAGAGAGAGAAUACACAGACCUCAGCUAUACUGUUGUGUUCUCCUCCAGGCAUGCCUAGUAGCCAUCAUUGUGCCAGAUCCUGACUUCCUUCCUGGCUGGGCCAAGAAGAGAGGACUGGAGGGAUCCUAUGGAGACCUAUGCAACAACAUGGUAGGACCACUGACCAUCUGCACCGAUUCACAGUAGACUUUAUAUAUUUUCAACAGUCUCUUUCCAUAUAGAACAGGGAUGUCAAUGUGGGCCCCCCGGUCUGUAAUUGGACCAUGAUUACUACAAGUUUAGAUUGUUAAGUUAGCUGGCUAGACUAUCAAAACAUGUUAACUGACAUGGGCUAAUUGAGUGACAGCCAGUGACUGACAUAAUAAGUGAAAGUGCUGAUAUAAAACUACAUUUUGAAAUUGCAUCUUGUGCAUUCUCCUAUUCUGACUCAACAGUUUUUUUUUUUGGGGGGGGGGGAUUGAGCUGCGGGCCUACAAAAGAGGGGUUGUGGGCUCUAGUUGCCCGUCCCUGAUAUGGAACAUCCAUCCCUGAUAUGGAACAUCCAUCCCUGAUAUGGAACAUCCAUCCCUGAUAUGGAACAUCCAUCCCUGAUAUGGAACAUCCAUCCCUGAUAUGGAACAUCCAUCCCUGAUAUGGAACAUCCACUUGAAUGUGUUGGAGAAUUCACAUUGAAAUGAAGUGUUUUUGUCUCUGUAGGAUGUAAAGAAGGCCAUUUUGGAAGACCUCUUGAAACUAGGGAAAGACAGUGGUCUGAAAUCUUUUGAGCAGGUAAAGGGUUAAUCUUUGACAAAAUAUUUGAGAGAAUAUUCACAGUCUGUUUUAUUUCAUAUCAGGUCUUAACUAGAGAACAUAAUUAUUAUCUGUUUCAUGUCUCUUGUUUUGAUCAGGUGAAGGACAUCACCCUGUACACAGAGAUGUUCUCUAUCCAAAAUGGCCUUCUCACUCCCACCCUGAAAGCCAAGCGAGCAGAACUCAGGAACUACUUCAGGGAGCAGAUCGACAAACUGUACUCCAAGAUCAAGAUGUGA